CGAGAAGGGGUCACGCAGGAGCGCACUCCUGAUACGGCCACAGUCCCACCGCACGGCGACCAUCGAGACUCUUUCAGCACUCCGCGAAAAGACCGUUCGCAUGGAUCCCCGGACCCGCGAAACAAUGGACCAUGGCGCCAUCAACAGUCGACCGAGAAGAGCCCAUACGAGUCACACCAUGUCAUGGCAUCCCCGCCGCUCAGGCAUAUGGACAACCCUCGGGCUUCUAUCGGUCCAAGUCCCCAUGAAGACUACCCUAAUUCAAGCCCGGAAGCUGAUGACAAGUCUGGAUCGAUGUACGAAAGCCAAUAUACACCUGACAGCCGGCAGAAUUCAAUUCUUCAGCACGACCCUAAGAAAAGGAAGCGCAAUUUCAGUAAUCGGACAAAGACAGGCUGCAUGACUUGCCGUAAGAGAAAGAAGAAAUGUGAUGAGCAAAAACCCCAGUGUGCGAACUGCCUGCGAGGAGGUUUUGAGUGUGCUGGGUACCCUCCGCAGAGGGGCCCUGGAUGGCAGAAGCCCGAAAACAAACUGCCCACGGUUCCAUUAGAAUCAAAAGAUCCAAGCUAUGUACCACCCGGUGCAUACGGCAUGCCACAGCAAGGUCCCUAUGGAAACCAGCCUGUAAAGCGCGAACCCCUCCCACACUAUCGAGGCCAGGCCCUCAGGAUUGACCCCCCACAAGGCCGCCCCUUGGUCUCGGAUGAUGACCGUCCUACAGCAUCAACAAUACCAAGCGCGUCCGUGGCCAGCCCUGAUAAUAAACUGUCCGCGAUACCAUACACGCCCGCGAAUGCGUUCCCUACCCCAGUGAGCGCAAACCCUCAACCUCCAUCAUUCGCCGACAGAAUGGCCAAGGAAUACCAGCGCGUGCCUCCCAUGCACGAUUUGAGUAGAUCAGAACCCGAAACACCUCAUCCAGGCAACCAACUGCCUCAGAUCAAUAUCCUCCAUGCUACCAGAACCAGUAGCCCAGCGCCGCCGGGCCAGCCCCAAUCGUCAAACGCCCAGGUGGCAGCUCAGCUUGCCUUGUCUCACUCACAGUAUCCCCACCCCCACAGGCGGACACAGAAGGAAGAAAUGCUCUCAGGCCGACAGUUUUAUCCUUUUGACAAGGAGUUAUGCUUAGAGCGUGAGCGCUGUGCCACAGCAUGCUGGCGGUUCAACAAUCUUACAGCACCUCCCUCAAACGGACUCUCAACGAGCGAAAGGAUUCGCUUGUUUCUCGAGAUUCUUCAGCCACGCGAUCCGGUGCGGAUAGCUUUGUCAGAAGCGACGCCUGGGACUCAUGUUGGGCGGGUUGGCCGAAAUGUGGCCGUUGAGACUCCGUUUACGUGUGACUAUGGCUACAACAUCAGUAUUGGCAGUCACGUCUCAAUAGGAAGAAACUGUACGAUCAAUGACGUCUGUGAGGUCAAGAUUGGAGAUAAUUGUGUCAUUGGCCCUAACGUUAGUAUCUUCACUGCGACCUUACCAAUUGAUCCCAAACGACGUCAAGGCGGUCAGGGACCACAGUCAGGCAAAGGCGUUACAAUCGAGCCAGACUGCUGGAUCGCUGGCGGAGCCAUGAUUCUGGCAGGGAAAACCAUCGGAAAGGGCAGCACUGUUGGUGCUGGUUCGGUGGUGACCAAGGAUGUCCCGCCUUUCACAGUCGUUGCUGGGAACCCUGCGCGUGUCCUUCGUGGCAUUGCUACAUAG